ACUCUGUCUCUGUGUUAGGCUCUAAGGGAGAUCGCUAGAGUGAGUGAGGAGUUAUGCAGCUACCAGGAUGAAGUCAGAAAAAAGUCAGAGGACAAUUGGAGCGGAAUGGAGUCCUUGUCUUUUCUGGAGGAGUUUGAGGAGGUGCAGAAUGUGAAAAACAAACCAGGGAAUGGUGAUCCCCUCCUUGAUCUGAGCCAGUGGUGCAACCAGUACCAAGUCCUGGAGGAACAGAACUUGGUCAACUGGGAGAGCACCAACCAGGAUCCCAUCAAGGCAGAGGAGGAGCCCAAACCCCCUCUCAGGAAGAGGCAAGCCCCACCCAUUCCUCCCCGCACCACUUCCUGGCAUCUCAGUAGCCCCUCAGCCCCAAAGCUAGAAUUUCCUCUCCCAGAAUCCUUCACAGACAAGAAGUGCCACAGCCCCUACAUAGUUACAGAUAGGAAGUGCCCUUCUGUGUUGAAGAAGUUUGGGGAAAUGCUGCAAGAGAAUGAGGGGUACACCCUCACAAAGUCUGGGGUUGUGGCUACUCCCGUGCCGACGGACUCUAAGUGCAACAUCGGCUGCUGCCACAGCAGCUGGUCCUGCAAUGGCAGCAGGUUCGGCAGCAGCAAGUCGUCCACGUACGUGCCUGUACAAAAAUGCCCAUCAGAUGCCAAUGUUCAGGAAGCAGAGAUGGACUGUAACCCAGAGGGCAUGCCAUCUGAUAAUCCAAAGUGCCCUGGGGGGCAGUUCCAGCCUGUGGACAAAGACUUUGACACACUGGAUUUUAGGGUCCCCUCCUCAGGUGUCCCACCUCCUUACCAAAAUGCAAAAGCCCCUCUGAUAAAUGAGACUCUGGAGCGGAAGACUGCAGAGUUUAACCGUACUCUGUUUCAAGCAGAGAUGGGUCUCGGGGUCGAGGACAGCGUAACACCUGCUGAGGUAUGUGUGAGCGGCAGGAAUAGCUCACCCCAGCACUCUGAGAUCAAACUAAGGGAUGUGAUGUCUGACCCCCCACCCCUGUACCCCGAUUUGACACCCAAGGCCAUGACCUCUGACCUUAAACCUGAGAUCAAACCGAAGGUUACAACCUCUGACCUCCCACCUCAAAAUCUACGAGACAAGGAAUUGGAGGCCCCUGCUGUAGUGAGUAACCUCUCUGCUUUUAAGCAGUAUGUCCCGAGCAUGGUGCGGGCCAAGUCCCCCGGAGCAAGGGCAGGGACCACAGUACGGCAGAUGGAUAAAGCUAAAUCAUUGGAUAAAGUGAAAUCAGGGAAUACUGGCAGCUCUGCCCGGGGAAUUAGCAACAUCGGGUCAUGGGUUCUAAAAGACCAGCCAUGGAAACCCACUACUCUGGCUGCUUACCCUCGACCUGCAGACUCAAGGUCCAAUUAUGGAGCAGUGGAGAAAAUUCUGAAGAGCUAUGAGAGUUCUGGUGGGUCCCAGUGUUACCUGCAGCGUCGUCACGGUCCAGUCCAGGAGGUUGACCUCAUUGAGCUGCUGGACAACCUGGAGGUCAAGCAGCAACUAUCCUCCAGAGACACAAGCACCAGACCAGGCUUGCGAAGAGAAACAGGCAGCACCAUGCAAGAGAGCCGAGAGCCACCCUUUUCGCCUGUGAAGAAGAGCUUUUCACGCCCCGCCUGUCCUGCCAACAGACGACUCCCCUCCCGAUGGGCAACCCGCUCCCCUACAGCACACUCUGCCCCCUUCACACACCCCUCAGUCACCAUCCAAACACGGACCUUUUCCUACUCCAACUACACAGAGACUGGGAUCAUCUGACCCUUGAGACAACAAAGUGUGACUUGAAGUUCAUUCAAGACUAAAGGAGAGAUGCCUCUCCAGACUCUUAACCCUGCCCCCCUCCCCUUCUGUAAAUACCAAUCCAAGACUGUUAUUUCUACCCUGCUAUGAAGUGCUUUUGCUGUGUGGUCUCUGCACAGCAACAUAUUUUUAGAGGAUGAUGCAUUACCUAAAAGAAACUCUAAAUGACGCUGGCAUGGAGUCUCCAGUGUUUCCUUGGCCUCCUGUUCUUCUGUACCAAACGCAGUCAUUAUGUUCACAUUUUUCUUUUUUCUUACCGUUUACCAAGUGACCGCUGUGUUGUAGUCCUGUUUGUCCAUCGUCCUGUGCAUGGCUCCCUGAUUAUGGGUGCACGUGUCUGUGUUUGAGUGUAUCAGACAUUAUGUAGGUCAUUGUUAUUGACAAGCAGUAGUUAUACUUUUAUCUGCAACUUUAAUCAACAUGGUAAUUAUCUGAUGUCCUUAAGCUUCAUUAUAUUGAAUUAAGCCUUUUAAAUGUUACAGUAAUGUAGUGAAAUGGUCUGAAAGUGAUGGCUUUACUGUGCUUUUCUGAUAAUAAAUAUUGCAAUGUAUUUAA